GCUCAUUUGCAUAUCGCGGUAUAUUAGCGCCGCAGCGCCGAUUCCUCCCCAGUCCGUCGUCGCAACGCGUUCAAGUAGUAUCGUUCGACCAGCUCCGAUCCUGCAAGCAUGUCUGACAAACCAAAUCUGGAGGAGGUCACCAGCUUCGACAAGAGCAAGCUGAAGAAGACCGAGACCCAGGAGAAAAACCCCUUGCCCUCAAAAGAAACCAUCGAACAGGAGAAGCAGGCCGAGUCGUCAUGAAGACGGACGCUUCCCCACGCACUGUACAUUCCACAAGCAUUGCCUUUUUUCCACUUAUUUUACACAUUUAACCGACAUACCAGUUUACCCCACCCCAGUUUUUUAAUGGCGACGAUGAAAGAAAACGACUGACUGCGGUCUGUACCGAGGACUCGACACACCGUCCUAAUGUGUUGGUUUGCUUUGUUCGGUUCGGUCUGGGUGUCUCACUCUCUCCCUCCCCUCCCCCCCCCCCCCCCAUGGCCAUGGGUUCAAGGGGGCGAAGGCGCGACCGGCGUGGUCCGGGGACCGACCGUCUAAACCCGCAACCUAGCCGGGCUUCUCUCAACGUUUAAAAUGCUGUCAACACUUAAAAGCAGAAUUUACAUUUUCACCAUUAAUUCCUGGAAUCGGCAACAUUUUGUUUUUGAUAUGCAAAAUAAAAUUUAAGCGCAUGAUUGUGGUUCUA